AUGUCUACAGUUUCUGCAGCAUCUAUUUCUAAACAUGGGAAGGAAGUAAUAACUGAUCCUGUUGAAGAGAUGCUCAAAAAGACUGGUUGUAUUGAAUUACAUUAUAAAGUUCAAGAAUGCAUUGCUACUACCCAGGACUGGAGAAAAUGUCAGGAUGUAGUCUCUGAAUUCAAAGUCUGCAUGGCAAAGUACACUGAACAAAAAAGAAAAGAAUUAGUAUCUUAA